CUCUCUCUCUCUCUCUCUCUCUCUCUCUCUCUCUCUCUCUCUCUCUCUCUCUCUGCCAUGAACCAGGCUCGAGCUUAUCCCCGAGGAGAAUAACAUUUUUUUUUUCUAAGCAGAAGGGAAAAUAAAAGACAAUUCUUUGGUUGCUAAGGGUGAGUGAAGACUUUCAAAAUGGCUCAGGGAACCAGUGAUCAAAGUACAGUGGGUAUUGCUGACCCAGAAGAGACUACUCCAAAUAUGAUUGUCUACAGAAAAAUUGAAGAUAUCAUUACAAAAAUGCAGGAUGAUAAGACAGGCGGGGUACCCAUCAGGACAGUAAAGAGUUUUCUGUCCAAAAUCCCCAGUGUUGUCACAGGUACCGACAUUGUGCAGUGGAUUAUGAAGAACCUUGCUAUUGAGGACCCAGUAGAAGCAAUACACUUGGGAAGCCUUGUAGCUGCCCAGGGUUACAUCUUUCCCAUAUCAGACCAUGUCCUUACCCUGAAGGAUGAUGGCACCUUUUAUCGAUUCCAGGCUCCAUACUUCUGGCCCUCCAACUGCUGGGAACCUGAAAACACUGACUACGCCAUUUAUCUAUGUAAGAGGACAAUGCAGAAUAAAGCAAGGUUGGAAUUGGCAGAUUAUGAAGCUGAAAACCUCGCAAGACUCCAGAGGGCCUUUGCAAGGAAGUGGGAAUUCAUCUUUAUGCAAGCAGAAGCCCAAGUGAAGAUUGAUCGGAAAAAAGAUAAAACAGAAAGAAAAAUUUUGGAUAGUCAAGAACGAGCCUUCUGGGAUGUCCACAGGCCAGUGCCAGGUUGUGUGAAUACAACAGAAAUGGAUAUCCGAAAAUGUCGUAGGAUGAAGAAUCCCCAGAAGGUCAAAAAGUCAGUGUAUGGAGUGACAGAAGAAUCUCAGUCCCAAAGUCCUGUGCAUAUACCGACCCAGCCAAUCAGAAAAACUACAAAAGAGGACAUCCGAAAACAGAUAACAUUUUUGACUUCACAGAUAGACAGGCAUCGUUUAAAGAUGUCCAAAGUAGCUGAAAGCUUAAUUGCUUAUACGGAACAGUAUGUGGAAUAUGAUCCUUUGAUAACUCCAGCCGAACCUUCUAAUCCAUGGAUCAGUGAUGACAUCACUUUAUGGGACAUAGAGAUGAGCAAAGAGCCCAGCCAACAACGUGUAAAGAGAUGGGGAUUCUCCAUUGAUGAGGUACUAAAGGACCAAGUGGGGCGAGAUCAGUUCCUUCGUUUUCUGGAGUCGGAAUUCAGUUCAGAGAACCUCAGGUUUUGGUUGGCUGUGCAAGAUCUCAAGAAACAACCUUUACAGGAUGUGGCAACUCGGGUGGAAGAAAUUUGGCAAGAGUUUCUGGCUCCUGGAGCCCAAAGUGCAAUCAAUCUGGAUUCUCACAGCUAUGAAAAAACAAGUCAAAAUGUCAAAGACCCAGGGCGAUACACAUAUGAGGAUGCACAGGAGCACAUUUACAAGCUGAUGAAGAGUGACAGCUAUACCCGGUUUCUUCGGUCUAAUGCUUACCAGGACUUACUACAGGCAAAGAAGAAGCCAGAAAAUGAGCAAGGUCGUAGAACUUCCUUAGAAAAGUUCACUCGCAGUGUGUGCUGCUGGCGCAGAAUAAGACUGGCUACCGCGUUUCACCCCAGAGGUGGCUACCUUCCAGCAGCGGGGAAAGUCACUAGUGGGCAAGCGCCUCACGGGCCUGAUGCAGUCCUCCUGACAGUUCCGCCAGCUGAGACGGCAGCCGCUGACCACGUGGGCGGGCGGCGCCGCUCCACAUCUGCAGAAAGACUAACCUAGGGGCGAUUUGAUUACUGUGAAAGAAAAGGAGUGAGGGGGAGAAGGGAGGUUGAGGAAAGGAGUAUGUGCCUAGAACUGGAUGGGGUGGAAAAUGCAGAAGAGAAAAAGAAACCAACCGCAGAGCUGCAGAGAUGCCGCUUUAUAUAGUUUACAUCAACAUUUUCUUACCUGUAUAGCUUUGUUAUGACACUCCGUUCCCUAAGAGGUCCUUGUUUCUUCUCACCUGAAUUAAGGGAAGAAUGCCUCACUGUGAACAGAGGGUUUGGCAGGGCCAAAGUUUUCCUGCUAAGACUUAUUACUUGCUAUCAUUAUCAUUAUUAUUGUUACUACUGUUAUUAUUAUUAUUACUACUACUACUGUCCAAAAUAUCCUUCCUUAUGGGAAAAGAGAGAAAGGAGAGCUAGGCUGAGCACAAUCAGUAUUAAUUACCAUUCUCCCUUUUCUCUGGCACACCCACAACUCUAAUAGGCAUAAGCCUGCUACUGUCACAAUCACAUCUCCGCCCCCAUCCAUCCCCCAUUUGUGGCUACCUAGGUACAAUAAAAUAGUCACCAGAAGCUGCUUCCACUUAAGAAGUAUGAUUCAUUUCUUCUGCACUUUGAAAGCACUCUAGGGGUUCCCUUCCCCCAUCCCUUCAAGCCCUUCACUCCCCCUCAGACAGACUUAGAGAAAAUGCUCUGAUUGCCUUUCUCCUUAGUUGUCUCCUGGUCCGGAGAAAUCAAAGCAUCCAUGAUUCCUUCUACAGAGAAAAAGAGCAUCAGUGCAUAAAGAAGAGCCACAGAUUUGUUAUUUAAGGCUUGAAAGACUUGUCAUUUUAUCACUUACUUCUUACAAUUGUUCCAAGUAUAUUCCCUCCCACUUUAUUCAGAGAUUAAGGUCUGGAAAGAACUCUGGGGAUACUGGAUUUCUCCAGGUUUCACCAAUCUAAGAGAAAGAUGAAAAGAGGAGAAAAGUCUUAGUCUAGGGCAGUCAACUGGAUAUUUGACUGGCCAACAAUUCCUCAACUUGGUUUGUAUAUGGUCAAAUUUCUCAAUAAGAACUCAGAUAUGCCCAGAAACAGCACUAGUGGCAAAGGAAUUGUCAGUACUCACAUAGCACAUCUCAAAAUUGUACUGUAUACAUAAGAAGUGCAGAAAAUGAUAUAAACAAUAAUAUCAAUUAUUUGGUGAGAAAACUAAACUAACAUGGACAAACUGGGUCUAGAUUUCUUUACAAUCUCUAUCCUCCCUGGAUGUCUGUCAUCAACUACCAUUUACCAGAGUGGCACUGCUCCCUACUGACCCCCAGAUAAAACUAUUGAUAAAUCUGUAGCCCAGUAAGACCAUGUUUUUCCAAGUCAAUUGCUCAAUCAUCUCUAAUUUACUUUCUGCCACAUCUUUUUAGAUAUCAUAAACAAAAAGUAGUAGAAAUAAAAAUGAUUUAUCAUUGGUAAUGUCUUGAUUCACAUAAAGCAAUUUUUAGUACUUACUUAAGUAAAUACUAAAGUACUUACUUAAGUACCUUAAGUAAGAAUACAUUCAGACUUCACACACCACCACCACUGGUCCUCAAAUCUGAUUUGUUCCUUUUUUCAUUUCUGGCCCAAAAUGCUGAAUCAGUUCCCUGUAAUGGAUUUUACUUUAUCCUGCCAAAUCUUAGGCAUUACAGCCUUCCAUCUUCCAUGUCUGAGCUGUCAUGGACAUUGGCAAGUUUCUAGUUUCCAGUCUUGCUGUACCUCAGUUUCUCUUACCUGUAAAAUGGUGAAAAAAUAUUUGCUCCCAUUUGGUGGGCUUAGUGGGAAAUUAUGCAAUAAUUACAAACAUUCUCAGAGCGCCAAAUUUAGUCAGGAAGUGGAUGAAUUUGGGUCAGGCUACCUGGAUACUUGUUUCACAUGUGGUAGAUUGCCAAAAGGGGCCACCAGUUCAAUGGCCCCAAGGUAUACCCGGCAUCAGAGAAUGAGUAGAACAAAAUUAUAAAAAUUAUGGAGUCUGGGAUAUAGAAGCAAAAAUGGGUCCCUUCCUGGAAUUUUCUAUAGGGAUUAGCCCCAAAUAAUUUAGAUACUGCAUGCCCUGUCCUUGAGCUUAACUGUGGGAAAGGCCACAGGGUCCUUUUAUAUUCUUAUGUGUGCAUGAACUGCUUGAGGCACAUAAUCUACUUUAGCUUUUGACACCAUCCCUCCCAUCUUACUGCUUUUUACACCCUACUUGCUCUCACAUACAACUAACUAUUUCUGAGUCCAGCCAGAGAGCUGCUAGCAUGUCCCCUAGGUCUCAAAGCAUAGCACAUUGCCUCCAUUUCCUUGAUAGGUCAUCAGGAGCAAAAAGAACUUGCUAGUGACAAAGGAAAGCUUUGAAAGUGGAAAUGCUAAGGGUGAAUCAGAGAAGUCCUCCACAAUUGGUCCCUGAGCACAGGCACUACGGAUCUCUUUUCUCAAGCCCCAGGUGACUUGCUUACUAUAAAUUGUGUUUCCUGGCACUUUUCCAUGGCUCUAAAAUGGACUUUUCAGGUUAUGUUGUCAUCAGGAUUAUGUGUUCUCUAUUGAAAUCAAAACUCAUUGGAUGGAUAAGAUUCUCUAACCUGAAUUCGCGCUCUCAGGCAUCAUUGCUGAAUUUUGCCAGGCCCUUGAGAGACUUGCUGGAGUCUCAGUUAAGGACAGCUGGCCUCCAAUAGUUGUGAAUUCAGCACAUUUGAGAAAGUUCCUUAGACCUCCAAGGUAAAGGAAAGGUCAACCAAGAUUCUCAAAGUAAGUGGUUUGGGUUCCUUGAGUGAAUUUAUGAUGGAUGUUAUACCCCUCCUAAGGCGGGAAAGAUACCAAAACAUCUAAAAAUUGUUGAGCUAUAUGGCAGGUUCCCAAAGGUAGCAUAUGGGUCGCCACUGCAGAAUGCAGUGCAAAGUCAACAUGGGAAUGCUAGUUCUAGAAUGAAGCUAUAUCCACAGUGUCUCGCCUUAGACCAGUCCCUCCAUUAGCCUGAUCUCUAUGUUUUUCCAGAGCCCCUGUAGUGUAGAACCAGACCAGAAUUAAAACACAUUUCUUAUUGACUCUUUUCUAUCUUCUUCAUCCCUACCUUCAGUGAGAGCACUGAAUAUACUCACUGGGCCCAAACUAUGAAAACCCUGUGCUAGGGUAGGUGUGGUACCUUAUAGCAUGGAAUACCAAGGCAGUGUCAAAAGAAACAACCUCCACCCAGGAGAAAAAGUAAAUUCCCAGGAUGUCAGUGAACUAAGCAAAAUUUCCAGGAUAAAAGUAUACAUACAUUUACUUUCUCCAGUAGGGACAAAAUAGAAAAAGCAUAGGUUACCAACAGGCAAAUUCCUAAUUUCUUCUGGCAUAAUUCCAUUGCAGGCAAUACAAUACCAAUGAUUGCAGGCAAUACCAACACAAUACAAUGACAUUUAUUAAUUACAUACUAGGUAGAGAACAUUGUAUUGGAUACUGGAGGAAGUAUUAAAUUUAAAUAAGAUACCAUUCCUACCUUUAAAAAUCUUACAGUCUAGUAGAAGGAUAGGUAAGA